AUGUCUUCGCCACCCGAAGCUAAUGUAUCCCUUUUACUUCAAUAUAGCUACUCCUACAUUUCAGAUGUUCAGGUAGAUGUUAGUCCUGAGGUUGAGGAGCAGUUACGAAAAGUCCUUCAUGAUUUUAUCACUGGUGAAGUCACUUAUGAUGCCGCACGCGACUUUUAUGUCAAAACCUUGCAUUCCGAUAUCCCGGUUCAAGUAGCUCAUGAUAUUCUAAAUGUCAGCGAUUCUCCUAUUGAUCAACCCGAGGAUUUACCGGAAUCGAUAGAAGAAACAUCAGGCAGGAAAAAGACUCGUACAUGGACUGGUUAUGAAGACCAAAGACUCGUAGCUGGUAUCUUUAGAUUUGGCUUUGAUAGUUGGAUUCGAGUGGCAAAUUUUGUUGGAGGUGGCAGAACUAGAGCUCAAUGCGCUCAAAGAUGGACAAGAGGCCUUAAUCCAAAGAUUUGUAAGAAGGGCUGGACACCAGAAGAAGACUCCCAACUUCUCAACUACGUUAGGAUCUACGGUAACAAGUCUUGGGCCAAAAUCGCUCAUAUCCUUGGCAAUAGAUCAGAUGUACAGUGCAGAUAUCACUAUCUCCAAUUAACAAACGAAAUGAAGACCUCAUCUGGGUAUCUUCCACUUAGUAGAUCAAAUAGAACAUACACCAAUUCCGGAAUUUUGCCAGGCGGAUUAUUAAAUCCACCGAUGACAGGUUCCCAAAUGGCAAUUUCAUCUCAAAUUCAAUUCCCCGCACAUUUACUUUCAGCUCCUCAUCUCGGAGAUCUUCUUGGCCCAUCUCCUCAGCAGGCAUUUAUGAUCCAGCAACCAAUGAGGCAACAAAUGGCUCCACAACCAAUUCAACCACAACCACAGCCAAUGCAGCCACCACCACAGCAAAUGGUUCAGCCACCAAUGCAACAUGUACAACCACAACGUCAGGUUACUGUUCAACCAGUUCAAUGCUGGGAUUUCAAGUCAAAUCAACCAGGUGACCUCGAUUCAUUUUUAAACCAAAUGAAUGGGAAGUACUAA